GAUCUGACGACAACGACGACGGCGGCGACGACGACAAAGGAAAAAGUACGCGAGCGUGCACGCGAAGGCGGUACGAUGCGCGAGGAUGAAUCGAUACAGGAGCAGACGCUCGAGCUGGUAGCAAACGUCGAGGCAGCGGCCUCUGCCGAGAAGCGCGUCGCGGCAUUUGCCUCGCUCCAGGCCCACCUCGAGGAGCAAUUUUCCCGCAAUGGCGCGGGACAGACGCUGGAACACGUCGAGGCAGACGCAGUUGCUUCGGCCAUCAAGGUCAUGCUCAAGAACGCCAAUCAGUCUGUGUCGGCCGCUGGACUCCUGUAUCUGCCGAGCUACGCACAGCUGCUCGUCACGUCGUCGCCUCCUCAUCAGCUGGCGCACAACAUCAGGGCGCUAAUGCAUGCAACGCUGCCCCUCGUCCUUGAGAGGCUGGGUGACCACAAGGACAAGAUCAAGGAAGGAGCAAAAGCGGCCAUUGCGGAGAUGGGGUCCGCCGCAUUCAAUACGGGCACAGGGGCAGCGGCGACUGCGGCGGCGGGAGCGAGUAGAGCGGGGUCUUCCAGGCUCGACGGAGACUCGUCGCCCCAGGCGUACUUUGAGCGCAUGAUUCGCGACCACGGACUGGGAGCCAAGUCGGCCAAGGUCAAGGAGCAGGCCAUCCUCGCCCUCGUGCCCCUGCGCGAGGCCCACAAGAAGCUACCCCUCCGGCCCUUUUUGUCCUCGCUUGUCGACCUCGUGUCCCAUGCCGAUCCAGGCGUGCGAGAUGCCGCCCGAAUGACGCUCAUCUCCCUCUUUUCGACGGCAUCGCCCGCAGCCAAGUCGGACCUGAAGAAGGAAAUGGAGAAGAAGGCCGUGAGGAAGCAGACCGCCGACGCCAUCCUCCAGCACGUCCUGGCUGCAGGCACAGCCGGUGGCGAGCUGCUCGAGGCGCCAAACUCCACAGUGGUAUCAGGUGAAACGCGGUCAAAAUCACCAGCGUCGGACCAUGCCCCACCUCGGGCCGGCGCCAGACCUGCAUCGCGCGCCGGCGCGCGGAUGGCACCGGCACCCACUCAUGCUCCUGGUGCAGCUGCAGGCGACGACGUGCCAGCAGUGUACAUUGCAUCGCAGUGGGACUUGGACCGCACCUUUUCCGCCAUGCUGCCGCACUUUGAGGGAAAGGAGACGGAGCACAACUGGCUCGCCCGCGAGCAGAGCGUCGUCAAGAUCAGGGGCAUGCUCAAGACGUCAACCCAGGACAGCUUCAGCCCCGGCCUCGUGGCGGGCGUAAAGAGCGUACAGGAGGGCAUCCUCAAGACGCUCGCCAGCCUGCGAACUACGUUAGCGAUUCAUACGACGUCGCUCAUCCAGGAGCUAGCUCUCGCAUUGGGCGACGAUCUCGACACACUCCACGAUACCUUUCUCCCUGCGCUCCUUCGCAUGGCUGGCUUCACCAAGCGCAUCGUCGCCACGGCAGCCCAGCAGAGCGCCUCGGCCAUCCUGUCGUCGGUCAUGUUUCGUCACAAGUUCUUUGACCUUCUCUGGCAGGGCAUGAACGAGAAGACGGUAGCUAGCCGACAGACGAUGUGCGAGCAUCUCUCGACGAUCCUCGAUGUGCACGGGAACCAUCGGCGGCACGCCCUCGAGGCGCACGGCGGAGUUGAGAUGCUGGACAAGAUGCUGAAAAAGUCGCUGGCGGACCAGAAUAAGGAUGUGCGCGCAAAGGCCAGGGAGGCCUACUUCAAGGUGGCCGACAUCUGGCCUCCCUUGGGCACUAAAGUGCUCGACUCGCUCGAUGUGGCGACGAGAAAGCAGGUCAUGGCUGCUGCCGCUGCCGCUGCGCCGGGCCCUGGUCCAUCAUCUGUGGCCUCGGCAGAGCCGUCCCCUAUCAAGAUCAGGACGACGGCAGCAGAGGCACGGGUGACUGCUCCUCGAAAGUCGGGAGCCUCUCAGGCGAUUCUCGAAGCUAAAAAGGCGGCCAGCUUGCAGCUGGCCAAGGAGCGUCGGGAGCGCGAAGAGGCCGAGGCCGAAGAGGCUCGGCGUCAGGAAGAGGAAGCAGUAGCGGAGGCGGAGGCUGAGGAGGCUCGUCUACAGGAGGAGGAAGAGGCUCGUCGGCAGGAGGAAGAAGAGGCUCGUCGGCAGGAGGAGGAGGCUCGUCGGCAGAAGGAAGAGUCUCGACGAAGGCUUCCCGAGACCGAAGCGGCGACAAGAACUCCGACGGCGAGCGCAUCCCACCUCCGCACCCUUUCCAACGGCAUGUCACCCACCCCAUCGAGCAUCCCGUUGCCCACGAGCCCAAAGCAGUCGUUGGGCCAUCAAGCCGGCUCAAGCUCGACUGUUUCGACGCCGAGAGUGAGGGCAGGAAGUAACAGCAGCGGGGGCAGCGGCCAGGCAACGCCAGGCAGGGGCGGUGCCCUUCCCUCGUCGCCACGAUCGCGAACCUCGUCUUCGAGUACCUCGCACUCCUCUGGCCGUCCUGCGUCCCGCAUUGCGAGCAGCGCAGCGUCCUCGAGUCGCUUUGCCUCCUUCGGCCAGCGGGUCAGUGAAGACUCGGCGGGGUCCAGACCACUCCCCACCUCGACGGCGACCAGCUCGUCGAAUCGUGCUGGCGUGCCCUCGCAUGCGGUUGCUCCACCCGCCUCAAGCGUGAGCUCAAGCUCACCACCAGGAGCGAACCGAGGUGCCGAUGAGACGAUUCAGCUUGGGGAUACGUCUGACGUCUCCAUGGACCUGCUGUCCUCAUCGUCGCUCCAGGGUGGCGACUUGAUGGAGGAUGAAUUCGCCGAGAUGAAGCUCGACACGGCGGCGAUGAGGAGAACCGUUCCUCGUCGCAUGCCGAUUGAAGAGCCACAAUCACCCUCACCCUCGACUCCAUUGGUACCCGCACUUGCUCCUUCCACUUCGACAACAUCGACGCCGAUAGCUGCUAGCAGCAGUCAUACUACUCCAAUGGCUACUUCGGCCAAGCGGCGGUCGGGGUUGCCCAGACCUGUCUCGAUGCUCUAUCCUUCUCCAGCUGCAUCCUCGCCCAGCGAGCGAAUAAGGCACAGCCAAUCUCAAUCGAUCGACUUGGCAGAUGGACGGGGUCACGAGGCCGCGAUGUCGUCCAUACCUUCUUCUUCAUCCACUUCGAGUCUGACCCAGCCAGCAGCAGCAGCAGUCUCGACGCCGUAUGGAGCGCGAGCCAUACGGCCGGAGGCGCAGACCGGAGGCGUCCGAUGGUUCCUCAAUCGGGCUGCAAGACUCAGAGAUGAGGGCGAGGAUGGUGCAGGCCUGACCUCGCCUGUAAAGUCGCAGCCAGACUCCAACGAAUGGAUCCGUCAGCUCGCCACAGGAGAGGCAGGCCUGACGACAUUCAAAAAGCUCGCUGCCCUGUCAAAGGAGUUUGCGCUUCCGGCUUCGGGCAAAGAGGCGGGGGAAACCAAUGGCCACGGCGCUGUUCUCCAGCCUGGGCCGUUAGGAGGCAGUAAUGGCCCGUCAUCGUCGGCGCUGGGCCUCAGUCGAAUGAGGGCGGAAAACGAGAGAGGGCCAGGCUUCCACGGUCAUCAGGGAGAGGACGACGAUGAGGACGAUGAUGCCAUGCUGGGCAUGGACGAGGACCGGGAAGCGGCCAUUGAUGCCUGGCAGGAGUCGAGGCUCUUUGAGCGCCUCUUUUCAGCCCUGUCGGCAUUCCUCGAGACGCCGACCCCCCCACUUACGGGCGGAGGCGGACGGUCCAGCAGGGACGUCUACACGGCUGGCCUCGUGCUGCUGCAUCGGCUUGUCGAGAAUCAGUUCCCGCUCUUUGGAGCAACGGGCGCAGAGGCCGACCUCGUCUCGCUGCUGUUCCGGCUGCGGAGAGACACAAAGCGAUGUCCGCAAGGUGCCUGCGAGGCCAUUCUCGACAGCUGGGCCGACAAGACGGACGCCAUCCUGGGCAUCGGCACACUCGUUGCGUGCCUGCGCGCAGCUCUGUCUGCGGCCGCGCGCCUGCCUGCUUCGAGCCCCGAGGAAGCCGGCCGGCUGAUGGGUGCGCAAGAGUCGCGCGUCGCAAUCCACACUCUCGGCCUCCGCGCACUGUCCCGCGUGCUCCUCCGGCUGCCGACGGAGCUCAUUGAGGAGGAGCUCCCACGCGCGCGCGAUCUCGUCAAGAGCGGCCUCAACGAUGCCCAGGUCACACUCCGCCAAGAGGCCGUCAAGGUCAUGGUUGCGGCCAACCGCAAGGUGGGCGACCCCGCCCUGCUCUUUGGCAUCCUGCAGCCCCUGGAGCGUGCGCAGGAGGAUCUGUUGAUGUACUAUAUGGCAAAGAAGUAG